UGUCACUGCACCAUCGCGUUUCCAGCUUCACCGCUUUACCUUUUACCAUAUCCUCGAGCGUUCCUUUUCAACGUCUUCGCCCUUAACGCUUCGUAAACCAUGUCUGCUACAAGAGUUCAUCCUCACCAUGCGCUGCCAGCGCCCGUCGUUCACCAGGGAUUUUCCAUUUCGCAGUCCAAGUCCCACGUACUGGCUGGCGUCCAGGACGCGUACUGGAACGACGAGGAAGUAGAAGAUGCAGAGUGUCCGCUUUGCUUGGAAGAAAUGGACAUUUCAGAUCUCAAUUUCAAGCCUUGUGUCUGUGGUUACCAGAUCUGUCGCUUCUGCUGGCAUCACAUCAAAGAGAAUCUGAACAAGCGUUGUCCGGCUUGCCGGAGGGUGUACACAGAUGAGGGGGUAGAGUUCAAGCCUAUUUCACCUCAAGACCAUAAGCGCUUGACCCAGCAGAAGAAGCAACGCGAACGAGAGCGCAAGGAGCUCGACGCUUUGGGCAGACGCCAUUUGGCCAAUGUGCGUGUCGUUCAGCGCAAUGUCGUCUACGUAGUCGGAAUAGGUCCUCGAUUUGCCAAGGAAGAGCUUAUUCCAACGUUACGCUCCAACGAAUAUUUUGGUCAAUAUGGCAAAAUUACAAAGAUUGUUCUGGUCAAGAGGACACCGUCGGGAGGUGGUGCCCCCGUCGUCGGACUAUAUAUCACAUAUCACAGACGAGAAGAUGUCGCACGCGCCAUCGCCGCUGUUGACGGCACACCAUCUCCAGGUGGCGGCCGAGAUGUGAUGAGAGCCAGCUAUGGAACAACUAAAUAUUGCAUGGCGUUCUUGCGGGGCGCUACAUGUAGUGAUCACAGUUGCAUGAAUCUGCAUGAAUGGGGAGACGAAAAGGACUGCUUUACGAAGGAGGACCUGACGACUUUAAAACAUACGAUCAAAGCGACAGAAAGCCGAACAAGAACAGUUAUGGGAAAGAAAGGGGAAGAAGCUGAAGGACUACCGCGUGCUUCGGCUUGGGGACACAAAACCUCGCUACCUGCCGCGUCAACGAGUGUUUCCUCUAACUUUUCGUCGUCUUCAACUGUUCCUGUAUCGCGUCAGAGCCGUCGGGGUGGCAGUAGACAAAUUCGUCCUGUUGCAACUGAGUCCCGACCAUCGAACGCUCGUGUGCAGCAGGAUCGAAGGUCUGCAAAGAGCACAUCACAGCUAUCAUCUCGUCCUUCCACGCCUGCGUCACUUCCACCGCGUCCUCUAACCCCUGCUGAGGCAAAGUCACUGCAGAAGAAGUCUUCAGUCCCCGCCCAGCCGCCAUCUCCUACUCCAUCUGGCAAUGCUGAGUCGGAGCCAGGCUCUGUCUCCCCUACCAAGUCAUCGGAGUCGCUGCCGCCUUCUGUUCCCCCAGGUCUGUCAGCACCCCCAGGUCUUCCUUCUCCUGCGCGCCCACCCCGUGCAGAGACAGCGUCUCCUCAAACUCCUCUUCUCGCUUUGCAGACUUCUUAUCAGAUGUCGAAUGCAGCGCGAGCAUUACUUGAUGAUGUUAAGGCCCGGCGUGAAGCUCCUCCACCAUCUAUCUCGGCGCACAGUCCCUUCCCCGACUUUGAUCGUACAUUGCAGAAUCUGUCUGGAGGGGAUGGCGGCUUCGGAGGGUUUAGUUUCAAUCUAGACCCCAAGCUUGCGGGUGACGAUGCAGAAGAAGUCCAGCUACCUGACUUUGAGGCUGAGGCACAAACUCCUUUCAUUGGUACAUAUGUCGAUGCUUUCCCUGCUUUACGCCAGGGUUCUCCCAGUGCCUUUAUGGCACCGCCAGGAUUGUCACAUCCCCAUAAUCCUAGUCGGGCGAUCUACGAUCCCAUGUCUGUUCGGACACCGCCAUUGAUCGAGCGGCAGUCUACGGGAGGGUCGAACUAUAUUGGAUCUUUCAACCCCUUUGCAGAGCAAAACGAGGAGUCAUCUCGAGUGCACUCUCCUACUAAAUCUUCCUUUGAUGAUGAAACCAGGAAAGUCUCGCGUUUCGGAUUUGCUCGGGGUAGACGAGGGUCGACGGCGGCAUCCUCGCCUCUUCACGUUCCAUCGCCUCUCAGUGUUACUAACAGCAUAAGUGAAACGCACUCGCUAUACAAUUCUGUCGAUCAACAACCUCAUUCUCCUGCCAUCUCUCAGUGGUCACUGCAUUCACGUCAAGAUUAUGUUUACCAACAGCCACCUUCCGCGAUGGGGUCGCCCAUGUUACAGCACACUCAGGCCCAGCCGUAUUCACAGGUGCAAGGCCGCUUCCCUUUUUUCAGUUCCGGUAUCAGCGCCGGUAUCAGUGAAGCCGAUCUCAGAGAUCUCAUCCAAUCAAGUCGGGAUCGGGUAACCAAUAGUUCGGCCGUGCGUAGCGGCUCUGCUGAACAACCGGGCGCAAGUGGACAUCAACCAUUCACCGAUCCAGCCAUCAUGUCCGCCCGGUUUGCGUCUGGUCAAGACGUGGGAUAUCAACCAGCGGAUCAUAACCGUCUAAACUAUACAUCACCUCCUGGACUUGUGUACCCUCAAGCUAGUACGAAUAUGCCGAGGGCAUUAGGGAUGGAGAGAGAUGGACCCAUUAAUGGUGAGUGUCUUCCAUGUUCCUCUGAGGAGAGGGAGGACAGCGUACCGACCGUGCAACCCCCGAUUUUGUCUUCGUCAGACUUUCCGGCGCUUUCAUCUGCAGUACCAAGUAUAGACACGACUCCCAGUGUUCUAACAACAGACGAAGUCUCCCCCGAGGAUCUUGAGGCCCAAGAGAAGGCGGACCGCAAAGCUGCCAAACGGGCCGCUGCCGCAGAAAGGGCGGCCGAGAGGCAGAAGAUUGCGCAGGAGAAGGCGGCGGCGAAAGCGGCGGAGAAGGCACGUGCUGCCCUUGAAAAAGCUGCUGAAAAGGAGAAGGCGGCGGCUGUAAAGGCACAGCAGGAGAAGGAGCGUCUGGAGAAAGAAAAGAUUAAAAAAGAGGAAGCGAAGGCUGCGAGAGAGAAGGAACGUCUUGUGAAGGCAGAAAGGGAGGAAAAGCUGGCUAAGCUUGAGAAAGCGAGGGCGGCCCAGGCAGAGAAGGAUAGAGAAUUGCGUAAUGCCAUCAAGGAGGCCAAUGCCUUGAAGGCUAAAUUGGCGAGUGAACACGCUAAAAUCACGGCGCUGGAGAAAUCUGUCACCCGCCAAGUAUCUUCCCCGACUCCCUCUGAAACAAUCCAGGUUCCUCUCCUUUCCAAGAAACCGAAAAAGAAUAAGCCCAUCGCGAAACCUGCCAGAGUAUCUGUUAAGGAAGAGGAUCAGGUUACUGAGGAAACUUCGACUAUAUUCUCUGCGCCUGACGUACCACUCCUUCCCUCGAGCAAGGGAAACACUGUGACUUCGAGUUCUACAAAUUCCCGUUCUCAAUCUGUAGAUCGUAAGGGACCCACACCCCUGGAAGAUUUGCUAGAGGAUAUCCACAUGAUGAACCCAGCUAUGGACCUUCCAAACCACCCAUUCUUCAAUCUUCAAAAGAUUAACCCUGCUGCGAAGAUGCCGCUAGAGUACGGACCACUUGUGCAUGCUCUGUCUGCUCUAUCGGUUGGCGGUGGCACUUUUGCCAACAGUGUCCCUUCAGGAUCCAUCGAUAACGCGGUCUCUUCCUUCCAGCAGCUGCUGGAGACGCUUACACAAACCAUCUCUGAUCUGCUGCGCUUGCUGCCUCGCACGACCUGGGACGAUAGUUCCUCCUUUGAUGGCGUACUGAGGGAUAUGUUAAAGGGAGAUGAUUUUCUCGAUGAAGGAGGUGAAGAGAGCCAAGGCAAGGACGAUGAAGUUGCUGCGUUGACUCUGGCCCUCGAGCGACGUGCCCGCUGGAUGGAGGUUCAGCUUUCCAAACUCGAAAAACUUCAUCGGGAUAUCAAUACUGCUGCUGUUCGAGCGGUCCUUGCUUUCAAUGAUGGCGGCUGGGACAGGCAUGGAUUCAUGCCGCGAGUUGGAAAUACAUUGCGCAGGUUUGACAACAUGGGGUUGGUUGAAGAGAAUGGGGUUGUUAGAGCGAUGACGGCAGAUGAGCUGGAGAAGAAGCUUGCGGUUGCGAGGGAGGCUGCUGUGUUUGCUGAGACAGAAGUAAGGGAGAUGAUGGAGAAUAUGCAAGCAUUCAAACCCAUAGAUUAGAUUACAACGAGCAUUAGUAUAUAAUGAAACAAACUUGUCUGC